UGAAUUCAAUUGACCCUGACUUCUCGGGUUCCUGUCCUUUUCCUUUUCCACCUAUCUCACUAUCAUCAUCUUUCUUGAAGUCGACGUCCCGCUCAACGUCUUUGUGCCCUGGAGCAACACUACAUUACGUACAUACUUCCUUCGCACAAGAGCACACACACAAACACAAGUCAACACGUACAUCCACAACCAUGCCGUCCUCUGCACCUGUCCUACGGCCCAAAAAGGCUCUCCCCGUCAACGCCCAUAAGGAGGAAGAGCCGAUCAGCUACGACAUCAAUAUCCCUUACGUUGAUGUCACCAAGGAGUCUCACCUACGCACCAGAUACCCCGAAUACCUUCCCACGUGGGACAAAGUCUGGUUCGAUCCUCUUCCUCCUUUUGAAUAUCAGGACCCUGCCCUGCGCGUGAAGGAUAAGUCCAAGCGCAAUCUUUUGACACCCAGCACAAAGGUGACGGAGAUCCAACCACGCAUAGGUAGCAUUGUGGAAGGCGUUCAGCUCAAUCAGCUCACGGAUGCCCAGAAGGAUGAGCUUGCCCUUUUGGUUGCCGAACGCAAGGUGGUAGCUUUCCCGGACCAGGAUCUAAUCGAUGAUGGUCCUGAGGCACAAGAAGCUUUCAUGCGUCACUUUGGCAAGCCCAAUUACCAGCCCGUCUCUGGCUCGAUGCGCGGACAUCCAGGUUUCCAUAUCAUCCAUCGCGACGGUAACCGCGAAGAGAUCACUCGCUUCCUGUCGCAGCGCACCACCACGACGCUCUGGCACCAGGAUGUCAGCUACGAGAUCCAGCCCCCGGGCUAUGUGAUGCUUGGGCUGCUGGAGGGACCUGAAGUAGGUGGUGAUACUGUUUUCUCUGCGACCGAUAUGGCAUACAAGCGCCUUUCUCCAACGCUCACCUCUUGGUUGGACACGCUGCGCGCAACCCAUUCAUCGGCAAAAAUGAUUCAGCAUGCACGUCUGACUGGGGGCCUGGUACGCAAAGAAGCCGUCGACACCGUCCACCCGCUUGUGCGCGUCCACCCAGUCACGGGCGAGAAAUGCCUAUUUGUGAACGGCGAAUUCAUCACCAAGAUUCAAGGUCUGAAGGAGCCCGAGCAGCGCUGGUUGCUGGACUUCCUCAUGCAGCAUAUCAUCACUGGGCACGACUUUCAGGCGCGAGUGAGGUGGCAGCCUCGGACCAUUGUGAUUUUCGACAAUCGCUGCACAACGCAUUCCGCCAUUGUCGACUACCUCGAUGAUGAUAACGGCGCCAAACUCCGUCACAUCUUCCGUCUGUGCGCAUUGGGCGAAAAGCCCAUCCCUGUAUACGACCAAUUCGAGUAAAUCCCGAUGGCCUCCGCCACCUGUUCGAGGAGCUCUAUCCUUGUUCUCGGCACAUGUUGGAGGGUAUGAACGCCACCGCGAUGCCUUGCCAGCCAUAAUGUUCCAUGCAGCAGGUCCGGAGAAUGUUUCCCCGCUACCCCUCGGACUUUGGGAUCCUUGGCGCGUCGCAUGUGCCUGAUCCUCCCUCCUCCUCAUCCUUACCUUUUUUUUACCCGCCUUUAUCCCGUUCUUCUGCCUGGAUUUGCUUGGCUGCUUGAUUUUGAUUGAUACCUCGGCCUAGUUCAUUAGACUGUUUAAUGUUUUUUUCCCACCACCCUUAGUGCCCUUAUUUUGUGCCCUGUUUAGGCUUCUAUGCUCUAGAACUAGUGGGGCCAAACUUUACUUUUUCUUUUUCUUAUUAUUUUUUUUUUUUUGUUCUCUUUUCUUUU